CUGAUGUCGACUUCCAGACCCGGAUCCGGGUUACCUCAGGUCAGCUCCUCCCUCUGGUUCAGAUGACACACUACACCCACGUCCUACAGGGAAGUAACAGUGAAAACAACAGCGUACAGACCGAGUCCUUUGCUCUUCUCCGUGUGCUGGACUCUGUAGGCUCUUAUCGAUCAUCGAUUUCUGUCUGACCAUUGGGUCGGGUUGGGUCUUCAGGAACAGGUUCCGAAGGUCGGCUCGGAUCAUGUGGACCGAGGUGGUCUGCGGGGCAGUGGUGUUUCCAGGACUGUUCCACGGGUUCAGGAGAGUCCUCCAAUCCGUCUUCACACACUGGACCCAGGCCGACGUGGUCUCUGUCAGUGAAAGGUUGGUGUCCGCCAUCCAUGCGUCGUUGGCAACUGCAGCAGGAAUGACUGUCGUGACAUCCUGCAGAGACGUGAUGACUGACAGUCACUGGCUGGUCAAUGGAUUUGUGUUGUUCGGAGCCCCAUACAUGGCCAACGAUAUCUACGCCAUGUACCUGAGCCACUACCACACUCAAAGGGUCAAAGGUCAUAUGAGUACAUACAGGAGGCAUUCCUUUCAGACCAUGAAAGAGUUCCUCAUCAGGGAGUGGAUGCUGGUCCUUCAUCAUGUGGUGUUGCUUCUUGUUUUCUUGCCCAUCACUCUGUUCUUCAGACGAGGACUGGGGGAUUUCUUCAUUGGCUGCUUUUUCAUCACAGAGUUCAGCACCCCCUUCAUCUCCAUUGGAAAGAUUCUCAUCCAGGUAAAGCUCUCAGAUGGCAAAGCUGUCGGCUGCUGGUUUUCCUUAACAUCGUUUCAUCUGUCAUUCCUUCACAUUUCUCAGUUGGGUCUGGAUGACAGCAGGUGCACAGAAUCAACGGCAUAUUUGUCCUCCUGAGUUUCUUCACCUGUCGGAUCCUGCUCUUCCCCUUCAUGUACUGGAUGUACGGCCACCACGCUGGAAUUUCUCUGCACAGAGUGGCUUCCAUUUACCCCUGCACUGCAAUGGGGUAACCUAGUGAUCCUGCUCCACAGAUCCUGGUUAGCUCUUGCUGAAGAAAGCAAACAGACUCUACCUGAAACAGAUGGGAAACAGCUGUAAAGACAGAUCGAAGACAGAUUGAGGAGUUGGU